CCCUCCUGCUCCCCAGUAAAUCGCUCAUCCAUAGCAACCUCGCUCCGCCUACUCGUGGAUCCUCUUCCUCCUCCCCUUACCCAGGCUCCUCCCAGCUUCCCCCCAUCCCCACAGACACAGAGCACAGGAGGAGACGCUACAUUGGAGUGACCGGAGCUGGGCGGGAGCUCGGGACUGUCCGGGCCGACAAGACGUGAUGGCAACAGAGGGAGCUGGACAGGUCACAUUUGAUGAUGCUGCCAUUUAUUUCUCCGAGGAGCAAUGGAGCAAUCUGGAGGAGGUCCAGAAGAAAGUCUACAAGGAGCUCAUCAAAGAAAUCUAUGAAAUUAUGCUUUCUUUGGGAUAUCUCAUACCAAAGCCGGAAAUUGUUUCUCGGAUUGAACGAGGGGAAGAACCAUAUGGUGUCGUCGGUAAGAAACAAAAGCUUCAGGAGCCCCAGCCAGAGGGCCAACCCACCGCUGGCAGCAAAGAACCUGAAAUAAAAACAGAGCGCCAGUCUCCUAUCCCUUUCAACUCUGCUCGGCCUGGGGAGAUCUCCUCCUCGCAGGAGAAGGGCCAGGGGGCCCAUUGUCAGAACUGUGGGACACAAUGCAACAACCAGUGUGGCAUGAGUUUGCAGUGGAAUCCACAGACAGCGUUUCAUGGAUCCCCCGGAGAUAGGAGCCAGGAGAAAAGAUAUGUGGCCCCUCAACCGCUGUAUUUUACUGGAAACCCAACCUCCCCUUCUUAUGCCAACAACGCAAAUGGAAUGAUUCAUCCAACAUCCCCAGUGGCGAGUUAUGGUAACCCAGCAAUGGGACCAUUAUCUCCACAAUGUCCUGGCUACCGAAUCAUUGAUCCCACUUCACCCUUUGCUGGUCCAGAGAGAUUGGGAAAUCCAAUGUUUGGAAACUUUGAAACAAGCCCACAAGCCUCUCAGGGCCCUACUGGGAGCAGUUUGGGGCAUCUUGAACAUGAAAAUCGAAACAGGAGGGAGCCCCCUUACCAACUGCAUGCACCCCCAUUCCAGGAGAGAAGGAAUAAUGGGGUGCCAUGUGCAGGCUGUGGCUCUUUCUGCAACAACCAGUGCCCCAUGAGCCUUCCGAGGAUGCUUCAGCCAACUGUUGUUGACAGCCACCAAGGAAACCGUUACACUUCCCCCCCAAAUCCAUAUUUUAAUUCAAAUGCACCCUCAUCUCAUUUUGCUAAUGGCAGACCUGGAAUGAGAUAUCCUAACCCCCCAGGAAUGGGACCAAUAUCCCCACAGUUUUCUGGCUAUCUGAGGCCCGGAGACCAAACUGGACCCAACAUGCUGCGUGGAAGGCCUGAGAAUCCUGUAGCAAGACUGGAAAGUAAAGCAGCUAACAGUUUCACUCAAGGUGUAAAUCAAGGAGCUAAAUUAUCAGCAACCAGUAGUGGAAAUCAGAGGAGAGCACAAGCAAUGUCUCCACUGGCUCCUCUUGAGCCAGUUCCGGUGCCUAUCACUAGUGGCAGCCCUGGUGCUGUUCAUGAGCAGAGAAAUAGACAUUCCGUGGCAAUGAUCCCCAGCAGUGCGAGCCCCCAAGAUAAGAUGCCUUCAAACACUAGUAAAAAGCCAGAAGGCUGGCGCUUCUCUGUGCAGGGGGGGAAUAUGGUUCCCAGAGGUGUGCAGCCUGUUUCACAACCACAAGUCAGCAAAAACAUACCUCAGAAGGCAGGGGAAGCAACCAAUCACAGAAGUUAUUUUUCAUCCGAUAAAACUCCCAUAGGUAAAUAUGGGAAACAGACAUCAUCUGGUGCUUUGACACAAGAGGCUGGACACGUGGGAGUUACAGCCAGUGGUGGUGAAAGUAGUAUGAAAUGUCCAAUGCCACCGAUCCCCUCUGAUGUUGUCCAGGCUCUCAAGAGGGCCAGCCCUGUGUCUGUACAUAGUGAGGGUCCUGGUGCAAAACGGGCUACACCCCCAGUGGCUACCGGUAACCAACCCAGUACGUCUAGAACAACGCCGCCUAUAAACAAGCCAGUGAAUCGGGUUACACCUCCCAUUAUAAUUGCUGACGAUCAGGAGGUAAAAAGAACUACACCCACAGAUAUCAAAGAUGGCAAGUCAGGGAGAUGGAACACUCCUCCCAUAACUAUUAGCAGGAUCCGUAAUGCUGGAGUGUUUCUGCUCCCGCAGCCAAAGACUAAGAAUAGAGAAUCCAGUAACAGCGCAUCAGAAAUCAUCAUAAUUGAUGAUAAAGAUUCUAAACCAGAUAGCCUGCCAAAAUUACCUGAAAAUUCCACAAACAAAGAAGAAAAAAGUUCUGCCAAUGGAACUCCUCCGGCCAGUAACCCUAAAGGCAACGGAGACAACCUUGCCGCCUCUUCCCUUCCAAAAACCCAGACUCCGACUCUGCCACAGAGUGGCCCAGUAUUAGUUAAUAAGGUGCAAGUACAGCAGCCAGCCCCUAUUAUUGUUACUGGGAAUCCAAGUAUGGCUAACCAGCCCCUUUCUGUAGCGGUUAAUGGGAAUCGGAGCAUUAUGCUGACAUUCCCAGUUAACAUGGGUAGCUCCGGUAUUAUGCUAGCUACACCUAUGAAUAUUGGAGAAAACCAGAUUGCUGGUGUGAAGCAAGUCAACAGGGUGCCACUAAGCAAGAACCCAAGGUUUGUUCCAAAUAAUACAAUUCCACUAAAUACACGGCCAGCAAAUGCCAAGUUUGCACCCAUGGCGGUCACACCCAUAGUUGGUCAAGCAAAUCGUGUCCCUGUAACUCUUCAAUCCAGUCAACCCAAGCCCAUUACUGUCAACGUCAGUCAGUCAGCAGCCAAUACUGCCAGUAGUCUGAAUAUGCAAAAUAACCUUCCACGGGUCAACAGCGGAACCUUAAAUGCAGUUCCAGUAAAGGCUUCGGGGAAUCAAGCAAUAGGUCAGGCCAUACCUCUUUUUGUUGAUGCAAAUUCUGGUAUAUUUCUAACAGCGCCCACAGUCCCUUCCAAGAACACUGUCCCUUCUGGAAUAGGCAAUGCUACUGUGGUCACAGUAAAUGGCAACGUAGUUACUGGAAAUGUGACUCCUAUGUCUCUCGGGGGGAAAUUAGCUUUUAGUAAUAUUACCCCAGUCAAUGUAAAUGGAGGUCUGGGCAUCGGGAACACAUUUAUCACUGUGGAUGGGACUCUGGGUAUUCGUAAUGGAACGCCAGUUACACUUACAACCAAUGCCACUGCCAUUAAUAACCCAAAAGCCACAUUGAAUAUGAACAACCCAACAAUUUUAACGGUCAAUAGUGGCUUGGGCAUCAGGAAUGCAGGGACCAUCGGAACCCCAGUUGGAAAUAUUACUCCUAUCAAUGCCAAUAGGACAAUACAAGUUGGACAGCCUUCUACCUCCACUAUUCUUAAUGCCGAUCAGCAGAAAACAGGCAUUGUAAUACGAAAGAUCAACGAGACUGCUGGGCAUGUAGUUCAACAAACUGUAGCCAACACCAACCAGAUGCCUGUGACCGUAGAGAGACUGUUUAAGUGUAGUCAGUGCGAAGAACGUUUUAGCAGUCUUGAAACCCUAACCUCCCACCAAAAAGUUCACGAGGGGGCAAAGUCAACUGCAGAAAAUGGUCAGGAGUCUUCCAAAGUCCCCUCUGAGACAGAAGAUGCCAGCGGGGUUACCGACGAGGACGCUCCAAAAAUUCUUUACACCACACAAGGAGACGACGGAAGCACCGUGUAUGUAGUGACUGUGUAGUUCAUGUUUUUAUUGGAUUGACUUCAAAGUAUUCAUGGAUCUGCUUUCAGAAAAGUGUACGCACAUUUACGCCCCGCGACUUUGUACUUUGUAAUAUAUUAAAGUCAACUUUCUUUUUAAGGAAAAA